AUGAAUUGGCGAGCAGCAUCAUCGGCCUCCUUGCGAAAUGCCAAACAAGAACUCGUGCGACUGCUGUUCGGAGCGAGGUACACGCGGGUAGGCCGGUACGAACAUCGUAGGCUCGACUAUGCCGUAUAUUGCUAUACAGACUUGCGAACCGCAUUCUUGCAGCGCGCACAGGUGCUGCAUCCCGACAAAUUACAGUGCUCCCACAAACAUGCUCGGGGGCGCGAGGCAUCAAAAAAAGAGUUUGUUGCUCUCAUGGAAGCUUGGAAUCGAUACGACGAGAUCGCUAAAACGGUGAAAGGCGUAGGAAGCUCAGAAACAUCCGCGAACUUCACCAUGUUUGGUGUGGGAUGCUCAUUUUCUGACAAUGACGAUGAGCGAUUAUUACGUGAGAAAAUUAUGGACCAAGCCUGUCGAGGGUGGUUUUCGUCGGGCCCCUUGGGAGUCGGCGGAUGCGAAACGGACCAAACGGCCCGGAAAGAUUUACGUGUAGAGCACACCAUCUCCUUUAUUACUGAUGAUGACUUUGUCGAGGAGGUAAAGGAAAAUGCGUUCCGAGAAAAUUCAGUGAAGCCCUCCUCCAUCCGAUCAAUGAAGCACCUAGUAGGGAAAUUUUAUCCUGGUGCUAUCAAUUCAAAGUAAACUGUUUCUACUGUUAAGAGUUUCUUGUCGAAACAAAUGCUGAUCCGAAGGAUCAUUUCCUACAGCAGGUAGGUAGUGCAAAAUGAAAUGAAUCCUUCCCUUUGUCUUAAAUGAAUCCUAGAUUCUAAUGUAGUGAAAAGUAGGUUACCAUU